AUCGAGUAUAUGACAAUGGACGGCUACGAAGUUACGACACGUUUCCCAAGGAUUGUGUUUGGAAAUGAGAUCACUAUUGCCUGCACUUCCUACGCAGACAAAAUAAGGAGAGUAAGGGAAGGUAUCAAAUAAGGAGGAGUACUGUUUCCUGGAAUAACCUUGCGUCAGGAUAAGGUGACUGCACAUCUAACCGAAGCUAUGGUGCCAUACGUGAAGAACAUAUAACUCGGCCUGUUCUUACCCUACCGUCGGCUUAAGAAGCAACCCAGAGGAAAUAAAUUUGAAAACAAUGGCGAGCUUUCUCUAGAAGCUUUUUCAAAAAUCAAUUCGUACGCAAGUGAACUGAUGGUCUAAGUGAAAUUAUCGAAAUAUAAAGUAAAUUAUAAUAUCUAAAAAAUAUGUUUCAAGUCGAUUAUUAUUAAUUUUGAAUCACCCUGUGUAUGAAAGUAUGGGAUUAUGUUUAGUUUUUACGAAUUUUCUGACGUCUGAAUGAUUUGAAAGUUAUUGCACUUUAUGAUCCGACUCGAUGUAUUUUAGAAGAAGAAAAAGAAUAUUUCUACAAAUAGAGAGCCCCAGAGAUUUACCCAUAUUAUUAAUUUUAAUUCUGAAGGUAUUAUUGUAAAUAUUGUCCGGAUUAAAAAGCAGCCCAUAUCACUCUUACUGUUCAGCAUAUAUAAAUAAUCUAUCUCACUUCAACAAGUAGUGUGUGUAGUGUAGUGUGAAUUAGUAUUGAAAAUACUUACCUUGAAAACCAACUCCACGAUAGAGAUUCUCUGUCUCUGGCUACUAAUUCUAUUUAAAAAUAAAUUUCAUCUUAUUUAAAUCGAUCAUUGUCGGAUCUCAUAUCAUAAACGAAUACAGAUAAGAAUAUAAUAAUUUAAAUGACCACUAGGUAGUCAUUGUCAUGUUAAGCUUUUGAUCUUGUUCUGUUUUCAUAUUUCAAAACAUCUUAAUUGUAAUUUUCGUUUUAAUUGUAAAUUAAUGUAAUAAAUAGGUAUUUGAGUUUCAUUCAGUAAAAUGUGUGUUGUAUAAAAAUUAACAAAACUAAUAAAAUUAUAUCGAUAAAAAAAAUUAAGAAGUUUAGUACAUAUCUAUAAUAUUUUUAUUGUUAGACGGUAUGCCUUAGGGGUGUUGUGUAGACAAUGUUGAUGUUAGAAUAAACGAUUGAUGGUUACCGCAUUGGUUCAUGUUUAUCUCCCUUUUUUAUGUUUCCGCUGUGCAGUUACGAGCGCACCCUCUCCAGCGCAUGUACAGGUCGAGAAGGGACCUGAGAAUAUGGAUAUAGCUUCAACAGACACUGAAGGCGACAAGGUAGAGGUUUUAUCGUGUGACCUGCAACCGCAGAACUCUACUGUCGAUGUAGUUACGAGUCGUUCGAAUCUAAUCUGUUACACUGAUGGAUUUUCAUGCGUUAUAUCGAUGCACGAUGGAAUCGUAAUGUACACGACAUCAUCGCUGACGGCUACACUCGGUUUCCCGAAGGACAUGUGGAUCGGGAGGUCAUUUAUCGAUUUCGUUCAUCCAAGGGACCGUAGCACGUUCGCGUCACAGAUAACCAGUGGUUUGGCCGUCCCGAAAACUGCAAACGGUACGCAAGAAAAAGCUCAAUCGCCGGGUAAUUCUGGAUCGACUAUGGUGUGUCGGAUAAGACGUUACAGAGGUCUGAGCACGGGGUUCGGAGUUAAGGAAAGAGUGGUCACGUUCAUGCCGUUCCUUUUGAAAUUCACGUUCAAGAACAUAAGCGAUGAAGAGGGAAAUGUCAUCUACCUCGUCAUACAGGCCACACCAUUUUUUUCAGCGUUCAAAACGUCGUUUGAAAUAUUACCGAAAGUUAAUCCUUUCGUGAUGCGUCACUCCGCGAAUGGUAAUCUCGAGUACUUAGACCCAGAAUCUGUACCUUAUCUCGGAUAUUUACCUCAAGAUGUCCAAGACAAGGACGCAUUGCAACUCUAUCAUCCGGAAGAUUUGGAAUACCUCCAGCAAGUAUACGAGGUAAUCGUUAAGGAUGGUGGCAUGCCGCGUUCCAAAACUUACAGAAUGAUGACACAAAACGGUGAUUACAUAAAAAUCGAAACCGAAUGGUCUUCGUUUAUUAAUCCUUGGUCGAAGAAGCUGGAAUUCGUCAUCGGGAAACAUUACAUCAUUGAAGGCCCCGAGAAUCCAGAUGUAUUCCAGUCCCAAGAUCCGGAGAAACAUACAAAAUUAUGCGACGAACAAAUAAAAAAGUCCAUGGUAUUUCGCGAGAAUAUCGUUAAACUUAUGAAUGAGGCUCUAACGAAACCAGCGGAAGUUGCCAAACAGCAAAUGAGCAAGCGUUGCCAGGACUUAGCGUCGUUCAUGGAGAGCCUCAUGGAGGAACCACCGAAAAAUGACGAGGAAUUACGCCUAGAAAUACAGGAUCCGGACCACAGUUAUUAUGAGCGUGAUUCGGUAAUGCUCGGCGGGAUAUCUCCCCAUCACGACUACAAUGACAGCAAAUCAAGCACAGAAACACCGCUGAGUUAUAAUCAACUAAACUAUAACGAGACAUUACAAAGAUAUUUCGACAGUCAUGAACCCUUUUCGAGCGAGAACUUCAAUCCCUUGAUUGUGGCAAAGGAGCCAAAUAAUUUAAAAUCGAUACUAAGUACUUGUUUAUCACCAAUGGCUCAGAACUCUGGCGAUUCGACCGAGUUGAAUAGUUCGUCCGAUUCUAGUAGUAUGGCCCUGGGAGGAGUAAGUCCUGUGGGUAUAUUAGGCGACUACCACCACGUUCGGCUCACCGAGUUCCUACUAACCAAACACAAUGAUGAAAUGGAAAAGGAACUGAUAAAUAUGCAUAGAGAGAGCCGGUCCAAUAGUAAAGGAGAAAGAGAUAAGACAUCUAACGAAACGAGACAGAAGAAAAAGGAACAUCUAGCGAGGUGUAAAGCUUCGUUUCAUCCAACCGCGACCAGCACCACACCUGUGGACAAAGAAGUGUAUAAAAAACCUCACGGUGUCAAACGUGCUUCGAAACAUAUCGAAACGGAAACUGUAUCGCACAAAUACCAUUGUCCAUCGCCCAGAGCGUCUAGACCUAGGCAAACCACCAGUGCGGCGCCUGUACAAACUUCGUCCACUUUGACUACUUCUGUUGCCUCGACUACCUGGCCACCCAGCACCAAUGCUGCUGGAAAUAUGAACACAUUCAUACUAGGAGUCGGAAUGGCUCCACAGAUGUCCCUUAUAAGUCCGGUUCCGCCAAUGGCAGGAAUGCUUCCGUUGUAUUACACUCCGAUGGCCACAAUGGCUCCCGUGCCUUCCACAUCGGAGGCCGCGAACCAUCAAAAUCUUCAUAAUAAUCCACAGCAGUAUGCUCCACCUCCAAUGCAAUGUGUAUUGUACGGUCAGCCUAUAUACGGUCAGCCGAUGUACAGUUCGCCGUUCGUGUACUCACCAAUGAACCCGCACACUAACUAUCCUAUGCAACAGACCACGCCGCAACCGAAUGCUCAGUUCACACCCACAAACACAAUGAAUCCCUUGUGUUUGGCCAAUAGCAACUAUGAAGAGAAAAAGAAUAGAAGUCCGUUGGAAAUCCUAGCUCGCUUAGAGCGUACGAUAUAUGACGGAGAGUUCAGUCGCAGCUUAAAUAAUUUGGCGACGUUUUGUCGUGUGCUGUCUGUCGAUCGUUCUUGUGUAGUAGCAGCAUGUCAAGCUACCGUCCCACCAAGAACGUCGACUUCGAGGCGUGAUAAGAAAUACGUACAUUCAAAAACUUCAAACAUCGACCGCGGAAGCUCUAAUAAAAAUAGUUCCACUGACGCAAUUAAUCGGAGAACAGAAGCAGGGCAUGCCACAACGCCAUCUAAAGACAUUAAGAAAACGAGCAGGUUGGGUAACACCGAGGAGGUUGUAGACAAAACUGACGGAGAAUCUAGCUAUUCCUCGUUUUACUCGUCGUUUUUCAAGACGGAAUCUGGCAGCGCGGAAGAGAGUGGCGAAAGCAAGAAAAGGGACACAAGAAAUCACGUCAAAUUUUGGGAUAAAAACUAUCGUGGCGACGAUGGGAUGGCGAUGCCUGGUUCAACGGAGGUCCGCCAAACUUUUUCCGAUCACCAUAUUCCAGCGAAGGUACCCAGACGAAACAUUGAACCACCAUGGAUGGAGCAGGUAUGCCUGACGUCAGAGCUCGUCUACAAUUACCAGAUAAGGACAAAAACAAUGGAGGAAGUACUUUCAUCUGACAAGCAGAAGAUUAGUAACCUUGAGCAGCCGUCACUAGUGAACGAGCAACUUGGUCAGCUGUACCUGGACCUUCAGUUGGAAGGUGUCGCCGCGCGACUCACCCUCGAGGAGGGUAUCACCAGUUCCAGCAGUUCCGGUGAAGAGACAACAACCUCGUCCAAGAGGAAACGGGAAUACAGCAAAUUGGUUAUGAUAUAUGAAGAGAACGCUCCCUUCCCACCUCCCCCUUCUGAAGAGAUACAAGAGAUACCGACAGCCAAUCAGUCCGAGUCCUAGUCGAACAGUAUUUCUACCACUUCGUGUUGUCGAGGUACAAAAGAAUUACGACAUUACUUUUUUGCAAUUAUUAUAUAUUGCAAUGAUUAUACUGGGUGUUAGGAAAUCGCUUCCGAAAACGAAGACAGACGAUAGUACAAAUGACACCUUAGAUGAUAGGUCGGAAAAAAAUAGAUCAUGAUUUAAAAAAAAAAAAAACAUAUUUUUAAAGCGUUUUGUUAAUAUUAUAUUUAUAUAUUUACGCUCCAUCAUAUUAGUGCAGCUAAAUGAAACGUUAGUUUCAUUAAAAAUACUUUA